AUGAGGCCCACUUCCCAGUUUAUGGGAAACUGGGACCCAAUUGUGCCCCCCUACCAGCACAGGACCGCAAAGGCAUACCUGUUCAAGAUCUUUGUGAAGCUGAUGUUUUUGCCUACAAUCUUACUUAACUCUCUAAUGUAUGUGAAAAGCAAACACAGCAACAGCACGACCUACAGAGACGAAUUUCCCUUCAAGUCUCUUCACUUCCUCCUAACAGACUUUCUGCGUCUGCUGAAGCGUACAAACACCUGUCCGACCGUGUACUACACCACCAGUAACACCUACACAGCAGAUACGGGGACCGAGGUUCAAUUCGGAAAGUUCAUCAGAGCCGGAACCUCUCAGAGCUCUGAAACUGAAGUGGUGGAGUCCGAUGGAGGCACCGUGUUUAACAUCAGUUCCUGUUCUGUGGUUAAUGUUGAAGAGAACACGUGUAAAUCUGAGGAACUCCAGGCUCUUAUUUCUCCAGCCGAGGUCUUCACAGUGCAGAACGUUAGAGAUGUUAGCAAUGAUGAGAUCACAUAUAAAGAAAUCACUUUAACACACUCAUGCUUUCUCAGCAAUCAUAACUGCUCUUUCUUCCACAGGUAAGAUGAUGAAUUGUAGUAAAUUUAAGUGUUUAUAUAAGAUUGUGUAGGUUUUGUUUUCAUGAUGAGAGUUCCACUUUGCUUCUAGACUUCUGAAUCCUGUGCACUGACGUUCAACACACAACACUAAGCUUGAAAUCAACAGUGAUGCAGCGUGGAUUUUUCCUCUAAUGACUCUUUCUCUCUGUUUCCUAU